AUGCUAUAUAUUGUGGCAAUAUUCAAUUAUUGCACAAAAAUCUAUUUGGUUCGCUUAUUUAUUUUUCAUAUUAAUUUUUCUGAUAUGGACGGAGUGACUUGUACAGCCUGCCGAACUACUUUAAACACCCAAGAAGACUGCCGUGAGCAUUAUCGCUCAGAUUUUCAUACCUACAACCUCAAGCGUAAAUUAGUCUCAUUAGACCCAGUCUCUAAAGAAGUUUUUGAAGAGAAAAAGAGAGAAUCUGAUGAAAUUGCGGCAGAACUCAAUUUCAACGUCCACUGCAACUGUUGUGAUAAAACUUUUACCUCAAAAAAGUCUUACAAUAAACACCUAGAAAUUAAAAAAAAAUCCCACGAUUCACGUGUAUUUCAGCCUCAAUCCACUAUCAAUGAUCAGCAAACCUACACUUAGUUAGAUUAUAGAAAAGCUGAGUGUUAUGAUCCUAAGAUCCUUAUUCCCUUCAAUAACGCUCACUCGUCUGCUUUGCCGACAAUAGUCGCACGACCUUAAAUUUUUUGCUUCGACCAGACAUGGGCCUGCAUAUGCUAUUGGUAGUCUGAAAGUUUCGGUCACCGUGCCGUAGCCAAGAAAAUUGGUUCGCCACACCAUUUUUAAUGCAUAUAAUCAACAAACCUGCAUUUUUUGUAAUUUUAGCAGUGAAUCUAUAGAUGGCAACUUAAAACACAUGAUGACCUCCCACGGGUUUUUCAUCCCUGAUAUUGAAUUUGUGAAAGAUCUAGAAGGGCUACUAAAAUAUUUACAAGAUACUGUGAGGAUUGGAUUUAUGUGUCUUUAUUGCAGCUAUGAUGGUCCAAGCGGGUUUAAAACAGCUCAAGCUGCACAGCAGCAUAUGAUAGAUAAGCAGCAUUGUUUUUUAAAUACAGAAACAAAAGAAAGAGAGCUUAGAAAAUAUUAUGAUUGGGGUGAAGAAAACUCGUAUGAGGUCAUUAGUUCAGAGGAUGAACUAAGACCUGAACAUUAUGUCGAUUUAGGGUCUGUGACAUCUGAUACAUCUUAUCAGAGCUCUAUUAUAUCAAAUGGUAUGAGGCUACCAGGAGAAAUAACAAGCAAUGGAGAACUAAGGCUUGAAAAUGGGAAAAUACUUGGGAAUAAGAUGUGGUCGAGGUACUAUAGGCAACAUUAUAGACCUGAACAAAGCAAAAUGCUAUGGAUCCAAGCUGUUAUGGCUGAAAUGUAUAAGACUUUGGCAGUUUAUAACCCAUGGAGAGGGACUGAUGAAAGAAUUCAAAGGAUGCAAGAAGUGCAAAGGAAUUUAUUGCAGCAGGGAAUGAGGAAUAAUAACCACUUGCAUUUCAGAGACCAAAACUUAUAG